ACGCGAUGAUGGUGCACGAGAAAGCGGCCGACGGCCUCGAGGUCUCCACGGGCGAAGUCUAUCCUAAGAAAGCGGAGCUGCCUGGCCUCACAGAUCAUGUCUCUCCAGUAGAGCUGAUGACUACGGAACCGAAGACAGAGCUUGAGGCGCCGUCGUAUGGCCCAACGGCCCCGACCUCGCCGGCUGAGUUGGGUGAUACGCGGGUGCGUGGUGCGGACGGCAACGCCCCCUUGUCUCCCCAGUACGGGCUAGAAAAGGACGUUCGGAGUGCGCCGUCUAAAUCUCCAGGGGAGCCAUUCAGUGCAGCGCCGAUGACACAGGCACCAGAACCGGCAGACUCGUCUAUAGCACUCGAUGCAGCCGCCUCAUCUGCUCCUAAUCCGCCGGCCACCACAGCCGGGGAUAUCAAAUCCCGUUCAUCCUAA